CUUGAAUUUUCAGCAUUAAUCCCAUUUAGCUUAGCUUGCUAGAAAUGGCAGAAGUUCAGUUAGAACUCGAAAUCACUGAUGUUUGUGCUUUCUUUGGAUAUUGGAAUAAAAUUUUCGAUUAUCCAAAUGAAAAGCAAGUCAAUGGUAACGUGUUUCUCUGCACUUCUCUUCUCAAGUCAAUGGUAACAUGUUUCUCUGCACUUCUCUUCUCUUCUCCCAAGAAAAAUGUGCAACUGAGAGAGUUGGGUAAUUGCAGACAUUUGAUAUUGUUCAUUGCUCUCCUUGACUAAACAUUUUCUACUGAAAUGAUCAAGAAGCUAAUAAAGAAAAUUCAACCGAGCAAACAAAUGGUAUCAACCACAUGAGAGGAUCUCGAUCUAAGAACUACAGAUGGUGGCUCCGGAUAGUUCUCUACACAAUCUUUCUCCUCUGUGGCCAGUCUGUAGCUACAAUUCUCGGAAGACUUUACUUCGACAAAGGUGGAAGUAGCAAGUGGCUUGCAACACUUGCCCAACUUGGUGGUUUCCCAAUUCUAAUUCCUUGCUACUCCAUUUUUCUACGCAAAUCUUCCAUUGCUAACAACAUUAUCGACUCAAAUCCACCAUCUUUCCUGAAACUGUUAACAUUGGUCUAUGUACCCCUCGGGCUACUUGUAGCUGGAAGCUCCUUUCUUUAUUCAGUUGGCUUACAGUACCUUCCUGUAUCUACAGUUACUCUAAUUACAGCAUCCCAGCUGGCCUUUAAUGCUUUAUUCUCUUAUUUCCUUAAUUCACAAAAGUUCACUCCAUGCAUCAUCAAUUCUCUAGUUCUCCUUAUUAUUUCCUCUGUUCUCCUAGUAGCAAAUAAUCAUACUGAAAAGCCUGCUGGCGUCUCUAAAGGACAGUAUGCAGCCGGGUUCAUAUGCACCAUUGGUGGAGCUGCAGUGUACGGCUUGGCGCUUGCUUCACAGCAGCUCGCCUUCAGAAAGCUACUAAAGAGGGAAACAUUUAAAGUUAUCCUUGAUGUUAUAGUAUUUCAGUCACUGGUUGCAUCAUGCACUAUAGCGGUGGGACUAUUUGCUAGCGGAGAUUGGAAGGGAUUGAAGAGGGAAAUGGAGGGAUAUGCUCUAGGGAAGAUUUCCUAUGUCAUGACUGUGGUUUGGACUGCUAUAAGUUGGCAGGUUUUUGCUAUUGGUACGGUAGGAUUAAUUUUUGAGGUGUCUUCCCUCUACAGCAUUGCCAUAGGUACAGUUGGUUUGCCUAUUGUUCCAGUACUUGCUGUGUUCGUUUUCCAUGAUAAAAUGGACGGAAUAAAGGGAAUGUCCCUGGUGCUGGCUAUUUGGGGCUUCAUUUCCUAUGUUUAUCAGCACUAUCUUGACCAUCAAAAGUCGAAGAUCGAAAACAGAAUAGCCACUGAAAUUUCUGAAGAUUGCACCCUCGGAGAGGUUAUUCAUUCAGAUAACAGAGCCUAGCUUCUAUGAAUGAAUGGUAAGAUUGCUCACUCAACUGCCUCUAUGUUUUUUCUCUAGCAGCCUCUGUUAAUUAAAGGUUAUAGCUGGGCAAACAAAUUCCUAUCAAGUUAAUCAAUCCUCUAGGAUAAUCUGUUGGUUAAUAAUUGUGAUGGAGAUUGGAGCUUAGGUUCACAAUUUCCAGCUGUUAGAAGGCCUGAAUGCUUGCUUGAUACACGUUGCUGAGGGGGUUACAGCAUAUUGUAUCUGCCAUAGCCUUCCAGCAGAACAGUAUGUAUGAAGUAUCAUGCUUCUUUUGUAUCUGCCAUCCAAAUGUGUAAAUUAUGGAAAAAGCAAAGUUUAAUUCCUUUCACCUAAUAUCUCCUUCCUGUAUUUUUAUUUUAUUUUAUUUUCCUUUUCCGAAGGGUCAAGGUUU